GCUGAGACCCGGCUGUAGACCUCUGCUAGAGAGUCUUUCCUCUGAAGAAGUCACCAGUGUGUGGAGCCUGCCGCACACCCACCCCCUGCCAAACCACGGCCUUUACCUGUGUCUUCCGGUGUUUCCCGUGCGACCCAUCCUGUGGGAGUGCCUCGUGGGCUGCGCCAGAGUUUGCCGCCCCACGCUCCGCUGCACCAAUGGUGAAGAUGACAAGAUCCAAGACUUUUCAGGCAUACCUGCCCUCGUGCCACCGGACCUACAGCUGCAUUCACUGCAGAGCCCACUUGGCCAAUCACGAUGAACUCAUUUCCAAGUCGUUCCAGGGAAGUCAAGGACGAGCAUACCUCUUUAACUCAGUAGUUAAUGUGGGCUGUGGGCCUGCAGAAGAGCGGGUGCUGCUAACAGGACUCCAUGCAGUUGCAGACAUUUACUGUGAAAACUGCAAAACCACUUUGGGCUGGAAAUACGAACAUGCUUUUGAAAGCAGUCAGAAAUAUAAAGAAGGCAAAUACAUCAUUGAACUAGCGCACAUGAUCAAAGACAAUGGCUGGGACUGACAUGACAGCAUCCAUCCGUUCCAGCAUCCACACGAAUGCCAUCCAACUGAACAUUCUACCCAAGCGUGAGAGAGUGAUGAACACUUGGUUCCAUCCAUUUAGGGGCCUUGCCAUCAGGGGGCAUCCUCCCACCCUGACGCCAUCUUUCUGGGGUGACUGGCCUCUAAAUUGCUGUCUCUCUGUCUCUUUGCUUUGUAUCUGUUUGUGAGUUGAUCUUGGCUUCUCUGUUCUAGUGUUGGCUGAAAACAAAAUAACGAACAGAACAGAUCCUUGGCCUCAUGGUGGCAGUCCACCUUGAAAAGAGAGCUGCCUGAUGGCCUCUUGUCACAACAGUGGCACAUGGACGUGAGGAAGAGCAAAGAUGAACCUGAGAGUCCUGGGGUUGGGGAAAGGGGCAGGAGGGUAGAGGUAGAACAAAACUGUACUGCUCUUGGGGACCUAGCUUGAAAUAAUCGACUCUUUCAAAAGGACAAAGACAAAAAAAUACCUCAUGGCUGUGUUCUCUCUGACAACCUUCUGUCCUAACAUCACAUGUGCCAGGAUAGCAGAUUAGCAAGAAAUGGCCUGAAGCAGCUGACAGGGCACACCCUGGCCUUCUGGGCCUGAGCUGGAGAGUGUCCUGCUAGGGUGGUGGUGGGGAUUAGGUAAAGCCCACAUGGGUUUUAGUGACUGACGCCCCCCUCCCCUGCCCCAACCCUGCCUCUGGGCAAUCACCUUCUUGCUCUUCUUUGCUGUUGUCGGUAAAGGGAGGGAUGCAAGAUGUAAAUGUCCCAUUUAGCCAUCAACACACUGAAAUCGGUAAUGGAAGAAAGCCAGGGAGCGUGGGUUGCAGCCUGGGAGCUCCUGAUAGCGAGCAGGAAAAUGAAAAUUGGGAACUAGUCAGCAAUUCUAUGGGAGUAAUGUAGCAGAGGAGAGGUUCUGGGAGUCAAUAUGGGCUCCACAUCUUUCCUCUUUGUUGUGCAGUAGCUUCCAUGGGAUUAGCAAAUUUCUGUGCAUAGUGUUUCUGGGUUUUUUGUUUUUGUUUUUGUUUUUCCUCCAAUUCCAUCAUAACUUUGGAAACAAAGACCCCAAAUUCCCUCAUGCCUCCAUUGUUCUUAGACCUGAUUGUCUUUUAUGUGGAGAGUAAUCUUUUGACAGUGUGGUCCAACAGUGGGGAAGAAUCAUAAAUUCAAUAUUGCCCCCUCACCUGUCACCUGACUCAAGGUUCCUUGCAUUGGGGAUGGGGAGAACAAUCCAUCCAAGUCUCAUUGCAUUGAAUCAACACUGAAUGUUUUACAGCAGUUCAGCUAUUACAUGGCUCAUGGCCAAAAUGCGUUUGAAUUCAUUUCAUUUCUUAGGCAGAAAAUAAUGUUAAAAUACACUCGUACUAGGUAAUUGUUAGCAUGAUUCUCUAACUAGGCUGGUCCUACAGGAAAAUUCACCUCCUUAAAACAACCUAAUAGAAGAGAGUUCACGGGGAUAAGAAUUGAUUAACCCACAUUAAAGCAGCUGACCCAGGAUAUUUUCCAAAUCUCAUCUUCAGCAGAACUAAAUUCCCAGUGGGAGAGCUGCGGUGGACAUGGCUUUGCCUGCCUUGUCCUGAUCUGGGAAUGGAAGAACUGAGACUUGGCCCUGCCCUGCUAGCGAUGACGGCAGUGUGGUGGAAAGCAGGCCAGCUCUGGUUAGCAGCAGACUGCUCCUCUUCUGGGACACAAAAGGAUUCCUAGAAACAGGAUUUGUUCCUCAAGUCUCCUUGUCCAGAGCCUUGGAAUACUAGCUCAACCUCGCACCCCACCCCCUGGGGCUGCGGAGCUGACUGAGCCUCAGAAGGACAGAGUUUUGCUUCCUGAGAAAGCACCCUGUGGCUCCCAGGCUCAAGUCAGUGACACACAUUUUUCCACUUUCACAUUCCUAAGCUGGUUUGCCGGCUCCCAAGUCAUGCAUUGUGUGCCCACCCCCCCAAUCCUGCCUGAGGGAAGUGGCCUUCAUUUACGGAUUUGAUUAUACACACCCUUUGCUCAGGGAAUAUCCCAGCUAUAUAUACUACAGGUCCCUUUUCUUUUUUAAAUAGAGGGUGGGGGCUAAACCUAGGUAUGUUUUUUGUUUUUGUUUUUUUCUUUAAAACUAAAAUUAGUGGCAUGUAGAACCUGGAUAUGUGAUGCCCUGCCAUUCUCAAGGGUCAGAGAAGGAGACCAGUGUGCCACUGUUUUUCCUCGGGGUGGGGUCCUUGAUCAUCUUGGAUCAGAGCAAGCUCCAGCAGGACCCUGGUUCUGGCUUUUUCUUGAACUGUUAAUCUGUUAAGCAUCCAGUGGGUGUCCAGCACCAUGCUUGGUGCAGACGUGGCUUGUCCGGCUUUUCUGUAAUUAGUUUGGGGGUGGGACCAAAACUCAUUAGGCUUGGAUCUGUGACAGUGACACCAAAAGUGCUUCUUAUGACCUCAGCUCCAUUCGUGGCUCGUUUGUCUGCCUAACACUUAGCGGUAUUAGAGGGUCCACAGCUGAGCAAUGGAGACACACGCACUCAAGGCCUCGGUCAGUUUCUUUAUUUUCCUCACCAAAUUAUCGACUCAGCAUAACCAAAGACCUCAUCCUUUCACCCCACAUAGGUUCAGGGAAUUGGAGUUGAUUUGGUGGACUUGGGCAGGGGUGGGUGAGUAGGGAAGAGCGAAAGGGAGGGGCCUGAAGUUCUGUACCUCAGCCACCAGCUGCCUUUGUUUUGAACUGAAGACUAAGCUGACCAACUCCCCUGUGCCACUGUAGGUAAUAGGACCGUGGGCACCCUGGAGUAAUACACCCCUCCCCUUUCCUAUAUAUCCCUAGGCUGCUAAUGGGUAAAUCAGCAUGAGUCAAGUGUAGCCAAGCUUGAUGCCCACAAGCUCUCAGCUGGGCCUGGCUGAGUACCGCCCCAGCACGUAUGACAGUCAGGUCAUGUAGAUAAAGUAAAUCUUUGCUGGUAGAUCAAUGUGUACAAAAGCAGAGUCCACUUUAUAAUGUUUCCAAGUAUGUAUACAGUCUCUUGUGAAAUAUACUUUUUGUAAAUAAUAUUUAAUUUUUUAAAAUAAUAUAUUUGGUGCUGUAUUCUCAGACCCCUGAGAGCACUUUUUAUUUUCAAUUCUAUGGCUUCCUCUGUGUUUCUUGAAAUGUAUUUUAAGGGAAAGAGUCAUCACCAAGAUUUUUUUUUUUAAAGAUCUGUCACUUUAAAAUGGAUUGAGGCUUUAAGGCUUUUUUUUUUUUUUUUUUUUUUUUUUUUUUUAUUUUUUUUUUUUUUCU